GAAAAUGGUGGCCCUGUCCUUAAAGAUUUGUGUCCGCCACUGCAAUGUGGUGAAGACCAUGCAGUUUGAACCGUCUACAGCUGUGUACGAUGCAUGUCGAGUCAUUCGGGAACGGGUACCCGAGGCACAAACUGGGCAAGCUUCUGAUUAUGGGCUGUUUCUCUCUGAUGAAGACCCCAGGAAAGGAAUUUGGCUGGAAGCAGGCCGAACACUGGAUUACUACAUGUUGCGAAAUGGGGAUAUUUUGGAAUAUAAAAAGAAACAGAGACCUCAGAAAAUCCGGAUGCUGGAUGGAUCCGUGAAAACCGUCAUGGUGGAUGACUCCAAGACCGUUGGGGAACUCCUGGUUACUAUUUGCAGCAGGAUAGGAAUAACGAAUUAUGAAGAGUAUUCUUUAAUCCAAGAAACGAUUGAAGAAAAGAAAGAGGAAGGGACAGGGACGCUAAAAAAGGACAGGACGCUAUUGCGAGACGAGAGGAAGAUGGAGAAGCUGAAGGCCAAGCUCCAUACGGAUGAUGACCUAAAUUGGCUGGAUCACAGCCGAACAUUCAGAGAACAAGGAGUAGAUGAACACGAAACAUUGCUACUUAGACGGAAGUUCUUCUACUCCGAUCAGAAUGUGGACUCGAGAGACCCCGUGCAGCUGAACUUGCUUUAUGUUCAGGCUCGGGAUGAUAUCCUGAAUGGCUCCCACCCUGUCUCCUUUGAGAAAGCUUGUGAGUUUGGAGGAUUUCAAGCCCAGAUACAAUUUGGACCUCAUGUGGAACAUAAACACAAACCUGGAUUCUUAGAUCUAAAGGAAUUCCUGCCCAAAGAAUACAUCAAGCAGAGAGGAGCUGAAAAGAGAAUAUUUCAGGAGCAUAAGAACUGUGGAGAGAUGAGUGAAAUAGAAGCCAAGGUCAAGUAUGUCAAACUCGCCCGAUCCCUCCGGACGUAUGGUGUGUCCUUUUUCCUGGUGAAGGAAAAGAUGAAAGGCAAGAACAAGCUGGUGCCUCGCCUGCUGGGCAUCACCAAGGACUCCGUGAUGCGUGUGGAUGAGAAGACCAAGGAAGUGCUGCAGGAGUGGCCACUCACCACAGUUAAGCGCUGGGCAGCCUCGCCCAAAAGCUUCACCCUGGAUUUUGGGGAGUACCAGGAAAGCUACUAUUCCGUACAAACCACUGAAGGAGAGCAGAUAUCCCAGCUGAUUGCGGGCUACAUUGACAUUAUUCUCAAAAAGAAACAAAGUAAGGAUAGAUUUGGAUUAGAGGGGGAUGAGGAGUCGACUAUGCUGGAAGAGUCUGUUUCUCCAAAAAAGUCCACCAUCUUGCAGCAGCAGUUCAAUCGGGCUGGGAAGGUGGAGCACGGCUCCGUGGCGCUGCCUGCCGUGAUGCGUUCGGGCUCCAGCGGGCCCGAGACCUUCAACAUGGGCAGCAUGCCAUCACCGCAGCAGCAGGUCGUGGUUGGUCAGAUGCACCGAGGGCACAUGCCCCCGCUGACCUCGGCCCAGCAGGCCCUCAUGGGGACCAUCAACACAAGCAUGCACGCUGUCCAGCAGGCCCAGGACGACCUCAGCGAGCUGGAUUCACUGCCACCCCUCGGCCAGGAUAUGGCGUCUCGGGUGUGGGUUCAGAACAAAGUCGACGAGUCCAAACACGAAAUCCACUCUCAGGUGGAUGCGAUCACAGCUGGAACAGCUUCGGUGGUUAACCUCACUGCUGGUGACCCUGCAGACACCGACUACACAGCAGUGGGAUGUGCGAUCACCACCAUUUCUUCCAACCUGACGGAGAUGUCCAAGGGCGUGAAGCUGUUGGCGGCUCUGAUGGACGACGAAGUGGGCAGUGGGGAAGACCUGCUCAGAGCUGCGAGGACCCUCGCGGGGGCAGUGUCAGACCUGCUGAAGGCUGUGCAGCCUACUUCUGGAGAGCCUCGACAGACAGUUUUGACUGCUGCUGGAAGCAUUGGACAAGCCAGUGGGGAUCUUCUGAGACAGAUUGGAGAGAACGAGACAGAUGAGCGAUUCCAAGAUGUUUUAAUGAGUUUGGCCAAAGCUGUUGCCAAUGCUGCUGCCAUGUUGGUAUUAAAGGCGAAGAAUGUUGCCCAAGUAGCUGAAGACACAGUCCUACAGAACAGGGUGAUUGCUGCUGCCACCCAGUGUGCCCUCUCUACCUCCCAGCUUGUGGCGUGUGCCAAGGUGGUGAGCCCCACCAUCAGCUCCCCCGUGUGUCAGGAGCAGCUGAUUGAAGCAGGGAAGCUCGUGGACCGUUCGGUGGAGAACUGUGUCCGUGCCUGCCAAGCGGCCACCGACGACAGCGAGCUCCUGAAGCAGGUCAGCGCAGCGGCCAGCGUGGUCAGCCAGGCCCUGCACGAUCUCCUGCAGCACGUGCGACAGUUCGCCAGCCGCGGCGAGCCCAUCGGCCGCUACGACCAGGCCACCGACACCAUCAUGUGUGUCACCGAGAGCAUCUUCAGUUCCAUGGGCGACGCUGGUGAAAUGGUGCGCCAGGCCCGGGUCCUGGCCCAGGCCACCUCAGACCUCGUCAACGCCAUGAGGUCUGAUGCAGAAGCUGAAAUCGACAUGGAGAACUCAAAGAAGCUCCUGGCGGCCGCGAAACUCCUGGCCGACUCCACGGCUCGCAUGGUGGAAGCUGCAAAGGGGGCUGCAGCCAAUCCUGAGAAUGAAGACCAGCAGCAGAGACUGAGAGAAGCUGCCGAGGGUCUCCGGGUGGCCACCAACGCCGCUGCCCAGAACGCCAUCAAGAAAAAAAUUGUCAACCGAUUGGAGGUGGCAGCCAAGCAGGCCGCAGCCGCCGCCACGCAGACCAUCGCCGCCUCCCAGAACGCAGCCGUGUCCAACAAGAACCCCGCCGCCCAGCAGCAGCUGGUCCAGAGCUGCAAGGCGGUGGCCGACCACAUCCCUCAGCUGGUCCAGGGCGUGCGAGGGAGCCAAGCCCAAGCAGAAGACCUGAGCGCCCAGCUGGCUCUCAUCAUCUCCAGCCAGAACUUUCUCCAGCCUGGAAGCAAGAUGGUGUCCUCCGCCAAAGCCGCCGUGCCCACUGUGAGUGACCAGGCCGCGGCCAUGCAGCUGAGCCAGUGUGCCAAGAACCUUGCCACCAGCUUGGCGGAGCUGCGAACUGCCUCGCAGAAGGCCCAUGAAGCCUGUGGUCCUAUGGAAAUCGAUUCAGCGCUGAGCACCGUGCAGACACUCAAGAGUGAACUGCAGGACGCCAAGAUGGCUGCCGUGGAGAGUCAGCUGAAACCGCUUCCGGGGGAAACGCUGGAAAAAUGCGCUCAAGACCUAGGAAGUACAUCCAAGGCAGUGGGCUCGUCCAUGGCACAGCUUCUGACCUGUGCUGCUCAAGGCAAUGAGCACUACACAGGGGUGGCUGCCAGAGAGACAGCCCAGGCUCUAAAGACGUUGGCCCAGGCUGCCCGCGGAGUGGCCGCGUCCACGAGUGACCCUGCAGCUGCACAUGCCAUGCUAGAUUCUGCACGGGACGUCAUGGAAGGCUCUGCCAUGCUCAUCCAAGAAGCCAAGCAGGCCCUGAUUGCACCCGGGGAUGCUGAGAGUCAGCAGAGACUAGCCCAGGUGGCCAAAGCCGUCUCUCACUCCUUGAAUAACUGCGUGAAUUGUCUCCCAGGACAGAAGGAUGUGGACGUGGCCUUGAAGAGCAUUGGCGAGUCUAGCAAGAAGCUGCUUGUGGACUCGUUACCUCCCAGCACAAAGCCUUUCCAGGAAGCCCAGAGUGAGCUGAACCAAGCCGCAGCUGAUCUGAACCAGUCUGCGGGGGAAGUGGUCCAUGCCACCCGGGGCCAGAGUGGAGAGCUGGCCGCAGCCUCUGGCAAGUUCAGUGAUGAUUUCGAUGAAUUCCUGGAUGCUGGCAUUGAGAUGGCAGGCCAGGCUCAGACGAAAGAAGACCAGAUCCAAGUGAUAGGCAACCUCAAGAAUAUCUCUAUGGCGUCCAGCAAGCUGUUGCUCGCUGCCAAGUCUCUCUCGGUAGAUCCCGGAGCCCCCAAUGCCAAAAAUCUCCUGGCAGCUGCUGCAAGAGCUGUGACCGAGAGCAUCAAUCAGCUGAUCACGCUGUGCACCCAGCAAGCUCCAGGCCAGAAGGAAUGUGAUAAUGCCUUGCGGGAGCUCGAGACAGUCAAGGGGAUGUUGGACAAUCCUAAUGAACCCGUGAGUGACCUCUCUUACUUUGACUGCAUUGAGAGUGUGAUGGAAAACUCCAAGGUCCUGGGCGAGUCGAUGGCAGGGAUCUCACAGAACGCCAAGACCGGGGACCUCCCUGCCUUUGGGGAGUGUGUGGGGAUUGCGUCCAAGGCCCUCUGCGGGCUGACAGAGGCUGCAGCCCAGGCUGCAUACCUGGUGGGCAUCUCUGAUCCAAAUAGCCAGGCGGGUCACCAGGGCCUCGUGGACCCCAUCCAGUUUGCCAGGGCUAACCAGGCUAUCCAGAUGGCCUGCCAGAACCUGGUGGACCCCGGCAGCAGCCCGUCACAGGUUCUGUCGGCGGCCACGAUCGUCGCCAAACACACCUCGGCCCUGUGCAACGCCUGCCGCAUCGCAUCGUCCAAGACAGCCAACCCAGUGGCCAAGAGGCACUUUGUCCAGUCAGCCAAGGAGGUCGCCAACAGCACUGCCAACCUAGUGAAGACCAUCAAGGCCCUGGAUGGGGAUUUCUCCGAAGACAACCGCAAUAAGUGUCGCAUUGCCACCGCACCCUUGAUCGAAGCUGUGGAGAACCUGACAGCUUUCGCCUCCAACCCUGAGUUUGUCAGCAUUCCUGCCCAGAUCAGCUCCGAGGGCUCCCAGGCACAGGAACCAAUCCUGGUCUCAGCCAAGACCAUGCUGGAGAGUUCGUCGUACCUCAUUCGCACUGCGCGCUCCCUGGCCAUCAACCCCAAAGACCCGCCCACCUGGUCUGUGCUAGCUGGACACUCACACACCGUGUCUGACUCUAUCAAGAGUCUCAUCACUUCUAUCAGGGACAAGGCGCCUGGACAGAGAGAGUGUGACUACUCCAUCGAUGGCAUCAACCGCUGCAUCCGGGACAUUGAGCAGGCCUCGCUGGCAGCUGUCAGCCAGAGCUUGGCCACAAGGGAUGACAUCUCUGUGGAGGCCCUGCAGGAGCAGCUAACUUCCGUGGUCCAAGAAAUCGGGCACCUCAUCGAUCCCAUCGCCACAGCGGCGCGGGGAGAAGCAGCUCAGCUGGGACAUAAGGUGACACAGCUGGCCAGCUACUUCGAGCCCCUGAUCUUAGCUGCAGUUGGUGUCGCCUCCAAGAUUCUGGACCAUCAGCAGCAGAUGACGGUGCUGGACCAGACCAAGACGCUCGCAGAGUCUGCCCUGCAGAUGUUGUAUGCAGCCAAGGAAGGUGGAGGAAACCCCAAGCAGGCCCAGCACACCCAUGAUGCCAUCACAGAGGCCGCCCAGCUCAUGAAGGAGGCCGUCGAUGACAUCAUGGUGACACUGAAUGAAGCCGCCAGUGAAGUGGGGCUGGUGGGAGGCAUGGUGGACGCCAUUGCAGAGGCCAUGAGCAAGCUGGAUGAAGGCACUCCUCCAGAACCAAAGGGAACAUUCGUCGACUAUCAGACGACUGUGGUUAAAUAUUCCAAAGCCAUCGCGGUGACAGCUCAGGAAAUGAUGACUAAGUCGGUUACUAACCCGGAGGAGUUGGGAGGACUGGCUUCACAAAUGACCAGUGACUAUGGGCACCUGGCUCUCCAGGGCCAGAUGGCAGCAGCCACGGCGGAGCCAGAGGAGAUCGGCUUCCAGAUUCGCACUCGCGUGCAGGACCUGGGCCACGGCUGCAUCUUCCUGGUGCAGAAGGCGGGGGCCCUCCAGGUGUGCCCCACAGACAGCUACACCAAGAGGGAGCUCAUCGAGUGUGCCCGCGCAGUCACAGAGAAGGUGUCCUUGGUGCUGUCAGCUCUGCAGGCUGGGAACAAGGGGACCCAGGCAUGUAUCACAGCUGCCACUGCUGUGUCUGGGAUUAUAGCGGACCUGGACACCACCAUCAUGUUUGCGACUGCGGGGACCCUGAAUGCGGAGAACAACGAGACCUUUGCGGACCACAGGGAGAACAUUCUGAAGACAGCCAAGGCCUUGGUGGAAGACACGAAGCUGCUGGUGUCGGGGGCCGCAUCCACGCCAGAGAAGCUGGCCCAGGCAGCCCAGUCGUCAGCGGCCACCAUCACCCAGCUUGCUGAGGUGGUCAAGCUGGGGGCUGCCAGCCUGGGCUCUGAUGACCCCGAGACACAGGUGGUCUUAAUCAAUGCCAUCAAAGAUGUGGCCAAGGCCCUUUCAGAUCUGAUCGGUGCCACUAAGGGAGCUGCCAGCAAGCCUGCUGAUGACCCCUCCAUGUACCAGCUCAAGGGGGCUGCCAAGGUGAUGGUGACCAAUGUCACCUCCCUCCUCAAGACUGUCAAGGCGGUGGAGGACGAGGCCACCCGGGGCACACGGGCGCUUGAGGCCACCAUCGAGUACAUGAAACAGGAGCUCACGGUGUUCCAGUCCAAAGAGAUACCUGAAAAGACCUCAUCACCUGAAGAAUCGAUAAGGAUGACGAAAGGUAUCACCAUGGCAACCGCCAAAGCUGUGGCUGCGGGAAACUCGUGCAGACAGGAGGAUGUGAUCGCCACCGCCAACCUGAGCCGGAAGGCUGUGUCUGACAUGCUGACGGCUUGCAAGCAAGCAUCCUUCCACCCUGAUGUCAGCGAGGAGGUGCGCACCAGAGCCUUGCGGUACGGGACAGAGUGCACCCUCGGCUACCUGGACCUUCUCGAGCACGUCUUGGUGAUUCUUCAGAAACCGAGCCCGGAACUCAAGCACCAGCUGGCUGCUUUCUCCAAGCGCGUCGCUGGCGCAGUGACUGAGCUCAUUCAGGCCGCCGAAGCCAUGAAAGGAACAGAGUGGGUGGAUCCGGAAGACCCAACCGUCAUUGCAGAAACAGAAUUACUGGGGGCCGCAGCAUCCAUUGAGGCUGCUGCUAAGAAGUUAGAGCAACUGAAGCCAAGAGCAAAACCAAAACAAGCAGAUGAGACCCUGGACUUUGAAGAACAGAUUUUGGAAGCUGCUAAGUCCAUUGCUGCCGCCACAAGUGCCCUGGUCAAGUCGGCCUCGGCAGCCCAGAGGGAGCUGGUGGCCCAAGGAAAGGUGGGCUCCAUCCCCGCCAAUGCUGCCGAUGAUGGACAGUGGUCCCAGGGGCUGAUUUCUGCCGCCCGGAUGGUGGCAGCUGCAACCAGCAGUCUCUGUGAGGCGGCCAAUGCCUCCGUUCAGGGACAUGCCAGUGAGGAGAAGCUCAUCUCAUCUGCCAAGCAGGUCGCUGCUUCCACGGCUCAGCUGCUUGUGGCCUGCAAGGUGAAGGCCGACCAGGACUCAGAGGCCAUGAGGCGGCUACAGGCAGCAGGAAAUGCUGUGAAAAGAGCCUCAGAUAAUCUUGUUCGUGCGGCCCAGAAAGCAGCAUUUGGCAAAGCUGAUGAUGAUGAUGUUGUAGUGAAAACAAAGUUUGUAGGGGGCAUUGCUCAGAUCAUUGCCGCUCAGGAGGAAAUGUUGAAAAAAGAACGCGAACUGGAAGAAGCAAGGAAAAAACUGGCCCAGAUCCGCCAACAACAGUAUAAAUUCCUACCCACUGAGCUGAGGGAGGAUGAAGGAUAAGGCCAGAACCAAGAUGGCGUGCCCCAGGGGAGAGCCCUGCAAGAACUGGACAGACAGUGUUCCUGAGAGGCUGGGCACUUACCUGGAAACUGCCUGCCUCCCCCUGGGGCCAACCCAGAGCCAAGUGCUCAUUCUCACGUCUCUGUCCUGUAGGGCACCGGCUGCAUGAUCGUGAUGUCACACGGUACAGUGUCCCACCCACAGCUCCUUCGCCACCUCCCCUCAUGCCUCACCGUAUCUCAGGAGAGAGGGACACACGUUUCGUGAACUGUUACCAAAAAAGAGAAGUCAGUAUUAUGUCGUUCUCAGACACUUUUGCUUUUUGUCGGUCCUUCUCUAGGCCCCACUCCUGGGCCUUCUGUGAAAUCUUAAGAGGAAAAAAAGAAUGGCUUGGGGAAAAUCACUGAUGUCCUAGAUGUUAUUCUCCCUAUCAGGAGAAGAUGGAAGUUGGAGCUGGACACAGUAAAUAAAAGCCAGAAACGUAAACCAGUGUGGACUCCAGGAGGGCAACUUAGGUCCUUCUGUGUCUCAAGCACUGGCUUCCCCAGAGGGUGGAGAAUUCCUGCUCCCAUUUGCACGCUUUCUUGCCUCAGUGUGUAAGCUCCUUGUACAAUCUAGACCCGUCUUGUAUUCAGAAAAUCGAACGAUGAUUUUUUUUUUCCUCCGUAAUCCAAAGGGCAGGAGUACAGGGGACUGCCAGGGCUUGGUGAGCAGGGGCUGUAAUAAAAUGUGUGGGCUCCUU